UGCACCUUAACGUUGGAUGCCACCCGCCAUAAAACAAGAAGAAGAAGAAGGGCGCGCAACACAGGCUGGCGCAGGAAAAGGGAAGUCCCAGGAAUGCCGAAGAAAUUCCAGGGUGAGAAUUCCAAAUCGGCCACCGCGAGGGCCCGGAAGGCUGAGGCCAAAGCAGUCGCUGAUGCACGCAAACAGAAGGAGCUGGAGGACGCGCUCUGGCAAGAUACCGACAAACAUGUCAUGAAGAAAGAGCAGAGGAGGGAUGAUAAGGAGAGAAAGCGUUUGGAGGCUCUGGAGAGGAAGAGAGAAAACCAAAGGCUCUUUGAGGAAGAAGUUGGCAAGAUAAAGGGUAAACAGACAAAAGAAGCCCCCUGUAAAGUGACUCGAACCCAGAUUGAGGAGAACCUACAAAGCGAGCAAAAUGUUAAGGAAACCAGGGUAAAAGAGAAAAGCCACUUGGAGAUGCCGCUUGAGGAGAACGUCAAUCAGAUAGUUCCAGAAGAAGGCACGAUGGAGGCCCAAACCAUUGAGGAUGCCAUCGCAGUUCUCAGCACUAAGGAAGACCUGGAUCGACACCCUGAGCGGCGUAUGAAAGCCGCCUACGCUGCGUUUGAAGAAGCAAACAUGGCGCGCCUUAAAAUGGAGAACCCCAAUAUGCGACUUUCCCAGCUAAAACAACAGCUCAAGAAGGAGUGGACAAAGUCUCCGGAAAACCCCCUCAACCAACGUGUGGCAACCUACAACUCCAAGUAAACCAACACAAGGGCACUUAAAGUCUGACCCUCGGCGCAGAUCCUAACAAAUACAAAAAGGCACCAUGAUUAAAUUUGGACACAAAAUUUACACAUGAACAGCUGAUCUAUUCGCAUCCUCACCUCAUAUGUGAACUCACAGACAAACUUGGAUUAUUUAACUAAUUAUUCAAUAAAUGUCUGAUGAUGUAUGAACUUAAUUCGCUUAUCUGCUAGACAAUGACCUAUGAGCUGCUGGGAAGUUUCGUUUUUAGUGAACGCAGAGUGGAUUCUCAACUAGCACACCUUUCCUCCACAUAACAUGUUUUACUGCUGUGUUGAGUUCAUUUAUUAAUGUCUUCAUCUAAUAUGCGGAACAUGACCUGAAGUGUGGUUAACCUGAGGAAAGUUUUUAUAUUUUUUAUUUAUGGAGAAGAGAAAGGUGAUCUGAUAAUUGCUCUAAAUUAAGAUGAUAUGGAUAGAGAUUUGUGUGCUUGAUUGAUCUUACAUGGCUCUUUGUUUUGAAAAUGCACUUUGGACCUGGUAUGGAACCGUGUCUCCACAUCCCAAAGGCGAGUGGACUAAUAGCCGUUGGACUGCCAUACACGCGUGUCAAGCAGUGCGAACACAUUCUGGUCUGUGGAGGAGUACAAACACUCUCAGUGGCUCUUGGAAAAAAAUGUAAAUAAAAAGUAAGGAAGAAACGGCUA